AUGAAGACGAGUCUGUGGUGUCUCUUGCUCGCCCAAUCGCAGAGAGCUUUCGUGGCGCAACAGGUGGGCAUCCACCUCCUGCAAGAGUCGCACCCCUCCCUCAAGAUCCAGACCUGCACGAGCGACGGCGCGUGUGCCGAUAAGCGACUGAGCAUCACGCUGGACGCCGACAGCCGCCCGCUCCGGAUGCUCCAUGGGACCGAGAGCUGCAUGGCGGAGGACGAGCGGGCGUGGAAUGCGACGUACUGUGCGAACGGCGAGCAGUGCGCAGAGCAGUGCUCUCUCGGCGGCGUCAAGUACAAGGCCGUCCACGGAAUCACCACCGAGGGUCAUGCCCUCAAGCUCAGACUGUUCACCCACGGCAAACUCACCGCGUCGCGCGUCUAUCUCUUGGCCGACGAGAAACACUACCACUCCUUCUACCUCAAAAACCAGCAGUUCUCCUUCGACGUCGAUGCCUCCCAGCUCCCCUGCGGCGUCGACGCGGCCCUCUACUUCACCUCGAUGAAAGCCGACGGAGGACUGUCUGCGACCAACAAGGCCGGCGCAAUGUAUGGAACGGGCUAUUGCGAUGCCCAAUGCCCGACCGCUCUGCGGUUUAUCAACGGACUGGCCAAUGUCGAGGCUUCUGGCGAGCCGGGCCAGCAGCCAGUGUUCAAGAGCAUGGGGGCGUGCUGUCCCGAGCUGGAUCUCUGGGAAGGGAACGGGAUCGUCCAAGCAUACGGGGCCCAUCCGUGCGUGUUCCCCAGCAUGGCCACCUGUGAGGGUGCGGGCUGCACGGCGGGGGGCGGCCUCUGCGACCAUUCGGGAUGCGGCUUCGCGUCGCAGACGGCCGCCGGGGACGGCUUCUACGGCCCGAACAAGACCAUCGACACCCGCCACACGUUCACCGUCGUCAGCCAGUUCCUCACCGCCACCGGAACCGCCCAGGGCGAGCUCGUCGAGAUCCGCCAGUUCUACAUCCAGCACGGCGUGCGCAUCCCCCAUCGCGUCGUCCAGCUCGCCGAUGGCCACCAGGCCUCCUCGAUCACCGACCAGUUCUGUCGGCCCAACGCCUCCCGCACCGGCCGUGCGUUCGCGAAGACCGGCGGGAUCGAGGCCAUGGGCCGCGCGCUCGACCAGGGCAUGGUGCUCGUCAUGGGCCUCUGGACCGCCGACGAGCCCUCCGACUCCCUCGGCUCCAUUCAGAAAAUCCCCGCCACCCGCAAGCCCAGCCUCCGCAGAAUCAACCAGCAAAUCUGCCCCGGAUCUGCCCGCACUCAACCCUUCAUUCAGAAACAUCAUCCCCACGCUUCCGUCAAGUUCUCGAACAUCAAAAUCGGCCCGAUCCAUGCCCCCCACGCCGGGAUUCCACACCGGGUCAACUCUAACGAACACACCAUCAUCUGA